AUGGAGGAGAAGCACAAGGAGGAUGAGAGUGCCAAAGACCCGCAAUCAACAUCCUACCAGCAGAGGAUGUGGAGGAAUUUCCAGGAGAAGACCAAACCGUUUUUAAGCCCCAAACUGGGCUCCGAACGACGCAGCGGGGAUGAUAAAAAAGAAAGCGGAUUGUGGAUGUUUAAAAGAAAGAAAAAGCAGGUCCUGGAUCGGGUCUUCUCGUCCUCGCAACCCAAUCUGUGGAGCUCAACUCCACCGUCUUUUGGAAGCGACCAGCCGGACUCGAGCGCCAGUAAAGGGCUCGGGACAUCACCGCUGGCCGCUGUUGAUGGAGCAUCAGUCAGUAAACCGGAGAUUUCCGUAUCCGCGCACGGGAGCCCGAAGCUGCUCGUGUCUCAUCUGGCGAUGAUGUCCCAGCAGAAGAGCUCGUCCUUGGGCUCGACGUGCUUCGAGAAGCUGGUGGUGCAUUCAGCAGCAUCCAGUGAGGAUGAGCUCUCUAAAAACGCCAGUGAUCUGAGCAUCAACAUUGUGAAGACAAGUAAUGAAGAACCUCCUCCCCCAUCAAAGCCAGCAAUGUAUCAACUGGAUAUCGUGCUGAAGAAGGGCAAUAAUUUGGCCAUCAGGGACAGAGGAGGGACCAGCGACCCCUAUGUGAAGUUUAAGAUCGCAGGGAAGGAGGUGUUCCGCAGCAAGACAAUCCACAAGAACCUUAACCCUGUAUGGGAUGAGAAAGUCAGUCUGCUGUUGGAGAGUUUGAGAGAGCCACUCUACGUGAAGGUCUUUGACUAUGACUUUGGGCUGCAGGAUGACUUCAUGGGUUCUGCAUAUCUCUAUUUAGAGUCCCUUGAACAUCAAAGGACACUGGAUGUGACACUUGACCUCAAAGAUCCCCACUAUCCCAAUCAUGACCUUGGUUCACUUGAGCUGGCAGUCACACUUAUUCCAAAAGAAGGAGAAUUCAGGGAAGCAACCAUGCUUAUGAGAAGGAGCUGGAAACGAUCCAGUAAGCAUCAGAGCCUGAAGUUAUCAGAUGUUCACAGGAAAGCUCAGCUAUGGAGAGGCAUCGUCAGCAUCCGACUUAUAGAGGGUCAUGACCUCCAGCCUAUGGACACCAAUGGCCUCAGUGACCCUUAUGUCAAAUUCAGAAUGGGACACCAAAAGUACAAAAGUAAGACAAUACCAAAAACCCUAAACCCGCAGUGGAGAGAGCAGUUUGACUUCCACCUAUUUGAUGAACAUGGUGGUUUCGUAGACAUUACUGUCUGGGACAAAGAUGCAGGAAAGAGAGAUGACUUCAUGGGCAGGUGCCAGGUGGACCUCUCUCUACUCUCAAAGGAGUGCACACACAGACUGGACCUGCCUCUGGAAGAGGGUGAGGGCACACUGGUUCUGCUGGUCACCCUCACAGCCUCUUCUGCUGUCUCCAUCGCUGACCUGUCUGUCAACAUGCUAGACGACCCUCACGAGAGGAAAGAGAUUCUACACAGAUAUAGUCUACUCAAAUCCUUUCACAAUAUUAAAGACGUGGGAGUGGUGCAGGUGAAGGUGAUCCGGGCGGUGGGACUGAUGGCAGCUGAUGUUACAGGGAAAAGUGACCCCUUCUGUGUGGUAGAGCUCAGCAACGAUCGGUUACAGACGCACACCGUGUACAAAAACCUAAACCCAGAGUGGAACAAAGUCUUCACAUUCAAUGUGAAAGACAUCCACUCAGUCUUAGAGGUGACUGUCUACGACGAAGACAGAGACCGAAGUGCCGACUUCUUGGGCAAAGUCUCUAUACCACUGUUAAACAUCCAAAAUGGAGAACGCAAAGCUUAUGCCUUGAAAAGCAAGGAACUGACAGGGCCAACCAAAGGGGUCAUCUUUCUCGAAAUAGACGUGAUUUAUAAUGUCGUGAAAGCCGGCCUGAGAACUUUGAUACCAAUCGAACAGAAAUACAUCGAAGAGGAGCCACGGGUGUCCAAACAGCUGCUGCUGCAGAACUUCAACAGAGUGAGGCGCUGUAUCAUGUUCCUCAUCAAUGUUGGCUGCUAUAUCAACAGCUGCUUUGAGUGGGAGUCUCCUCAGAGGAGCAUCUGUGCCUUUCUGUUUUUUGUUGUAGUCGUUUGGAAUUUUGAGCUCUAUAUGGUCCCGCUGGCUCUGCUGAUGCUGCUGGCCUGGAACUACAUUCUUGUCACUUCAGGAAAGGACACUAGACAGGGAGACAUGCAAGCUGUGGAGGAUUUGCUGGAGGAUGAAGAGGAAGAGUUUGACAGAGAUGACAAGGUGCCAGGCUCAGUCCCCUCCCAGGAUGGCCGGCUGUCAGAAAGUCAUAUCCUUGCGGAUAUUUUGGCUUCCUGGCACUUUGAAUGGAUUCGUGUGAUAGUGGACUCAGAGAGAAAGGGUUUCAUGAACAAGCUGUAUGCCAUUCAGGAUGUGUGUAUCAGUGUGCAGAAUGCUCUGGAUGAAGUGGCCUCCUAUGGUGAGAGGAUAAAGAACACUUUCAACUGGACCGUGCCUUUCCUGAGCUGGAUGACCAUAGUUGCCCUGUUUGCAGCCACUCUCGUAGUAUAUUUUAUUCCUCUCAGAUACAUCGUGCUGGCCUGGGGAGUGAACAAGUUCACCAAAAAGCUACGAGACCCAUACAGCAUCGACAACAAUGAGCUGCUGGACUUCCUGUCCCGAGUGCCCUCAGACGUUCAAGUGGUGCAGUACCGAGAACUGAAAAUGGAUCCCAGUCACAGCCCAAAUAAAAGGAAGAAAAAUAACCCAGAAUAGCUCCUCUCCUCCCAUGGAAUGCCUUCCCUCUUCCAAUGCCAUGGAGAAGAAGAGGACUGAUGUGGACCAGUCUAACAGUCUCUCUUUCUGUAUUUCUCCCUCAAUAUUUUUCCUCUCUGUUUUAGCCGCAGCCUCUCCACAACAUUGUGAGUUAAAGAGUGUGGCCAGAGAGAAAAGGGGGACCAUUAUUAAUAACCAUCGUGUUUAUCUGUCCUUUUUUGUGGGGUUUAUUUUUGCGGUGGCUAGAGCGUAGAAAGCUCUUGACCCCUUUUAGAGUCAAACAGUCUGGCUUAUUUGUCAGCUUUUGCCACAAGACAGCUCGGAAAAGCCAAGGUGUCCUUCUACGGCAGCAAAGGGAGCUGCUUUAGCCACAAAUAGCAGGAUCAGCUGAUAAUACACCACCUGCGUCUCUACAGAGAGGAAAACGAUGGUUGUUAAGUCGCAGUUUGCACCCUAUAAUUUGCGCUGCACAGUAACUGCCAUAUCUAAAGCUAUCCAAAGCUGUCGAGUAGCAGUAAUUGGAGUUGAUAGCUAAGCCUGUUACAGUCUGAUUUAUGGCUGUAACUAAAGUGCUUGUGAAAACAACUCAAUAGCCAUGUGCACAAGGCUUUUGGCUAUCUUUACGUUGUUUUGAUAUAAUUUUAAUGGUAUGAAUGAUGCAUGCUGAGAUUGUCAAUUGUAAACUUUCUUUGACCAAUAGUAGCCAUGUCAGUGCUGUUGUCGUAGUGGGGAUUGGAGUACAUCUGAGACAGUUUACAUGUCAUUUACAUCUUCUCACUACUUCAUCCUUUGCUCCAACAUAUGGAGGACUAUACUUAAUACCUGAAGAAAGCUAUAUGUUAACAUUCCAAAUUUAUAUCCAUUGCAGUUGCUCGAAUAGAUAAUGGAGCCCCGAAAGUAAAAAAAAGUAAGGCAAAUUUUUUGGAGCAAUCACCUGAACUGUAAAUGCCAUGUCACUAAUGUCAUGGCAAUGCUUAAUAGCUGAUGGCACCACAAGAACACACACAGUCCAAGGCCUUCACUAAUGACUAUUUUACAAUCAAAGGCAGGAAACAGGAAAAUAAAUGUGUUAAGUCAGAUUGCAAAUAAGUGCUUGUGUUUCUGCGAGCCGCCAAACACUGCAUUGAACAGCGGAGCUUUUACAUUUCAUAUGCUGUCAAUCGUGUACAUAACCAUUUCAGUUAUUGGCCAUUUGUUGACAAGUCCCGCCCAAUAAUCUUAAUAAUCUUGGCUUUAGCACAUUUCUUUUGACAUUUUAGGGGAAGCUUCCCAUGUAGUCUGAAAACAUUCUGCUCUGGACAAAAUACUAUAUCUGCUGCAACACUGAAACUUAGAAAAAUGGCGUCAAAGUUCCAUGGGUUUUUUGUGUUGCCUUUGUAGUUACUGCAAUUUUCAUACUCUCUCACAUUCUCAGAAUCUGAGCAUAUUGACCCAAGCCUAUCUGCCACAGGACAGAUCAUUGGUCAAGAGACCCGAUUUUGAUCACAACUUGGCAAAAUGUGUAGUUACUGUGGUUACCCUUUGCACGGCAGUAUAAUAUAAUGGAAAUGUUUGCAAUGUUGCUUGCCAAAAAUGUAUUUCAUCAGAAUGCAUGACUCCAUUUGAAUGGCCAUGCUGUAGUGCACCCAUUUUUCCACGUGGUGCCACUCCACUAAUAAAGACAUCAGUCCAGGGUAGCAGAAUGGCGAUUGAGAGGCGAGAGAGGCACGUUCUAAUUUGAAAGCUAGUUCCCGUGUCAUCUCGGCACGCACCGCUCCAUUGGGAUUGGCAACUCUGCCACUGUGCCUGCGGGCAUCAGCCACCCUGUCUGACCCACCUCCUAUACCCACCCGCCUUUCAAACUUUGAUCUCUCUUUCUCAAGACUGCACUACUGAGUAUGUGUGUGUGUGUGUGUGUGCUUGUUUUACAGAGGAAUAACACUCACAUUCUGGCUAUAGUGUUUACCACAUCCAUCUCAAAAUCCCAAACUUGAAGGGCAAAUGUCAGUGUGUGUUUUCAUUGCUGUGGAUUGGCUGCUUGACAAAAAGUCGAUAGCGUGUGACAGGCUGCUUUAGGGCCUUAGGGGGUACUGGAGGGCAGAGGUUUACUGACACAAAGAAGGAGGACGUGGGCUUCUUUUUUGGAACUCUUCCCGUCAUUCCACUCUCUCUCCCUGUCAUUUCCUCUCCUUCAUGCAUCUACUUGAGAAGGAGGUCAUGGAUCGGUCUGCGGUGGCUCUUGAGGGACCGCAACACAGUGAAUGCAGAAAGAUCACAGCAAAGGCUACAUCAGAGAGGACUCUGACCCUGUCCCUCUACCAUGAAGAAAAAAAUAUCCUCCCUCCUGACUUUUCAUUUGCCAUAGCACAUCUAUCAUAUGGAAAGACCAUUGAUUUGUUUGAGGGAAUUCCAUUACAAAGACAACACAAUUCCCACUGAGCAGGACAUGGAUGGUACUCCUAUGAUUCUCACUAUAAAAACAAACAAACAAAAAAAAAAAACAGAGACGAUUUGAAUAGCAGAAUGGAUAGUUUUACAAGCCUGAAUAUGUUCGUAUGUCCUGUACAUGUUGAUUUUAGUUGUUCAGUGGGUUUAUUGCGAUUGUUUUUUGCAUCCAGAAAUCUAUUUGUUUUGUAAAAGUGCAUAUCCUAUGUUUGCAAGUGAACCAAAGUGGAUG